AUGACUCACUUUUUUUUGGCAAAAGCUGAUUGCCUUCGCUACAAUCUUCUCCGUUACGACCCUUUCUCUGUUUCCCGCUACACCGCCAUCGUCUCUUCCUCCAACAUCUGCAUUGCCCCUCGAUCAGUCAGUUCCCAUCGUGUCAGGAUGCGCGCAUCUUUCGUUUUCGUUCUUCCGAACGCCAAUUACCAUCGUCGGAUGUCUCUCAACUUCGCGCCUGUCUCUUGGUGUCAUCCGGGAGAUUCGUGUGUCUGA